AAAGUCUCUCUCUCUCUCUCUCUCUCUCUCUCUCUCUCUAGACGCCAUUAAAGACCAAACGGCGUUACCACUAUCGGUGCCUACAUUAGUCGAUGGUACUAUAAAUAAACACACGCACACUCACAACAACUUGGGUGUGUUUCGUUUUUUGAGUUUUUGUUCUCUCUUGGAUUUGGGAGAUCCAAAAACACGAACCCAAAUUUGAGAACAGAAACAGGAAAGUAAAAACAAGAAGAAAUGGGAAGCUUAGGUGCGGUUCUGAAAAACCCAGAUGAUUUGUUCCCAUUGUUGAAGCUGAAGAGGGCAAUGAAGCACGCGGAGAAGCAGAUCCCUCCAGAACCACACUGGGGUUUCUGCUAUUCCAUGCUUCACAAAGUGUCUCGAAGCUUUGCGCUCGUUAUUCAACAGCUUGAUACCAAUCUUCGUAACGCUGUAUGCAUAUUUUAUUUGGUACUUCGAGCCCUUGAUACUGUUGAGGAUGAUACAAGCAUAGCAACAGAUGUUAAAGUGCCUAUCCUGAUAGCUUUUCAUCGUCACAUAUAUGAUCAGGAGUGGCAUUUUGCAUGUGGUGAAAAGGACUACAAAGUUCUCAUGGACCAAUUUCAUCAUGUAUCAACUGCUUUUCUAGAGCUUGGAGAGAGUUUUCAGGUGGCAAUUGAGGAUAUUACCAAAAGAAUGGGUGCGGGAAUGGCAAAAUUUAUAUUGAAGGAGGUAGAGACAGUUGAUGACUAUGAUGAAUAUUGCCACUAUGUAGCAGGACUUGUUGGACUAGGUUUGUCCAAGCUUUUUUAUGCCUCUGGGACAGAGGAUUUGCUUUCAGACGAUCUAUCAAAUUCAAUGGGUUUAUUUCUUCAGAAAACAAACAUAAUACGAGAUUAUCUGGAGGAUAUUAAUGAGAUACCAAAGUCUCGCAUGUUCUGGCCUCGUCAGAUCUGGAGUAAAUAUGUUAUCAAACUUGAGGACUUGAAAUAUGAAGAAAACUCUGAAAAGGCAGUGCAAUGUUUGAAUGACAUGGUCACUAAUGCUUUGAUACACGUGGAAGAUUGCUUGAUAUACAUGGCUGCUUUACGAGAUCCUGCAAUAUUUCGAUUUUGUGCUAUCCCCCAGGUCAUGGCAAUUGGAACACUGGCAUUAUGCUUCAACAACAUUGAAGUAUUCAGAGGUGUAGUGAAAAUGAGGCGUGGUCUUACUGCCAAAAUCAUUGACCAAACAAAGACGAUUGCUGAUGUCUAUGGGGCAUUCUUUGAUUUCUCUUGUAUUCUGAAGUCAAAGGUCAACAUGAAUGACCCUAAUGCAGAAAAAACACGGAGCAGGCUGAAUGCGAUACAGAAAACCUGCAGGGAUUCUGGACUCCUUAACAAAAGGAAAUCUUAUGUAGUCAAGAGCAACCCUAGAUACAAUACAGCUUUUAUUGUGAUGCUGAUCAUUAUAUUGUCUGUCAUUUUUGCUUAUCUCUCUUCCAAGCGACCAAAUUAGUGUUCUCAUUUAUGAACUUGAGGCUUUCUUAAAUGUCCUGCGAGAAUGGCUGGCUAGUUACCGAGAGCCUGCAUUGUUCUAUGGAACUUGAUUUGUGUUUGUUUUUAAUAUUUUAAUUAUUAUGCUUGAAGCUUGUAUAUCUACUAUAAACAUGUCAAAUACAAUUCCUGUAGUUUCUAUCUCCUCUAGGAUGCACUUACUGUUGGCAAUUCUGGGCUCCUUGACGCAACAAGUGAGCUCCUGUGUAUUAGUUUUUCUAGUCAUAUUGGAUUGAGCUAUAACAUUAAAGCUUUGUAAAACAAAAUAAGAAAUGUUUUUCAUUCAAAAAAAGAAUCCCAAAUUUCCUUUCUA